AUGGCGAACUUCGGGCUAGCAGACAAGGUUGCGCAUCUCAUCGUCCAACCCGCGGACCAAAGAGAGAACCCCCCUGAGAGUUACCUGUUUGUCCAAGAUGGACUCAUCAUUAGCUGCGGCGUACUAUAUGCACUCUGCUACAUAUUCUGCAUGAUACGAACCUAUGCCGAUAAGACAUACCCGGGCGCUCGCUGGGGAAGCAUCCAAUUUCUCUGCUUGACAAUGGCGUAUGAGCUCUUCUACGCCUUCACAACUACAUCUACUCUCUUUGAGAAGUUGGUGUUCCUGGCCUGGUUUGAGCUCGAUCUGAGUUUUGUUAUUGUUGCACUUCAUGUGGCUCAUAGCCUGGGUGAGCAGCAGGUCCUCCUUCGGAAUAUGAGCCUGGGUUGCUUGACGGGAAUAGCAUUUCUCUGGAUGUUAACUCAGAAUUAUCCUGAUGAACGACAGCAAAUCACUGCGUAUUGGACCGGGAUCAUCCUGCAGCUUCCCAUCGGAUGGAUAUGCCUGCAUCAGUUGUGGAAGAACCAUAGCACACAGGGGCAUUCUCUAGAAAUAUGGUUUACGCGGUACUUAGGCUGCUUUACGGCCUAUGGGGUCUUCCUCUGGCGGUACUUUAAUAUCCCCCAGAACUGGGGGUAUGUCUGGACACCCUGGAGCAUUGGGAUUAUUGCUACGACUCUCAUUCCAGAGACUAUGUAUCCAUUUGUUUAUGUCUGGGUUCACAAGACGCAAAAAGAUAAGAAGACAUAG